AUCAAACCAAACCUGCAACCUGCCCUCUCUCUCACUCCUCUUCUCACUUUUCUCUCCCAAAGUCUAACUAAGCAAACACUUCUCCUUUUGCUCUCCCAAUUUCUCUCUCAUUUCUCCAAUCUCAAAUUCAGUCAUACGAUCUUCUACAUACACUCGCACAGAUGUUCGUGAAGAAACUCGAGAGACUCGUGGAGAAGGCUUCUUUCAACAAGAAGCCUGUAGGGAACGUGGAUGGUUUAAAGCCUGAUGACGUCAAUCCCCGUUUAGUAUAUCACUAUGGAGUUCCACCAGGAGCUCUUCUGUUGUCUUACGACUCCAUUCAGAAAAUUCUUGCCAUUUCAACCAAAGAUGGCAGGAUCAAAGUGUUUGGGAAAGAUGGUGCCCAAGCUCUACUGGAAUCUCCUCACAUAGUACCAAGCAAAUUCAUGCAGUUUAUGGAAAAUCAAGGCUUUCUCAUUAAUAUAAAUGUUGAUAACCAUAUUGAGGUUUGGGAUGUAGACCAGAAGUCUUUGUCAAAUGUUCAUGAGUUUAAGAGGGAUAUCACCUCUUUUAAAAUUAUUCAACAUACUCCAUAUAUGUAUAUUGGAGAUUCUCUAGGUUAUGUUUGGGUUUUGAAGCUAGAAAAAGAACCAUGCAAUGUAGUGAAAAUGAAAUAUCAUAUACCAUUUUCAGCAUCUCAUGGGAAUUCAAAUGAAGAUGGGGACAAUGCUGUAGUUGAAAUCCUGCCUCAACCUACAGCAGAAAGUAAGAGGGUUCUCAUUAUUUAUCGAGAUGGAUUCAUUAUAUUGUGGGCAGUUCAAGAAAGCAAAACCAUCUUUACAACUGGAGGAAAUGCACUGCAAUCUGUAAAUCAUGAGGCAAAAAAAACAACAGCAGCUUGUUGGGCUUGUCCUAAUGGAACUAAAUUAGUUGUUGGAUACAGCAAUGGAGAAAUAUUUAUCUGGAGCAUCCCAAAUGCUUCAAAUUUGAAAAGUGAACAAGAAUCUAUCAAAGAGUCUUCUUUUGCCUCUCCAAAUGCUCCUAUUUGUAAACUGAAUAUUGGAUAUAAAUUAGACAAGAUCCCUAUAGCCAAGUUAAGGUGGGCUUAUGCAGAUGGUAAAGCAAGUCGAUUGUAUGUUAUGGGCUUCUCUGAUAAUCUGAUGAACUUGUCACAGGUCGUUUUACUGAAUGAGCAUACUGAAUCACGCACAAUUAAGUUGGGACUUCAUCCACCUGAGUCUUGUCUUGAUAUGGAGAUUAUUUCAAGCUCUAAAGCACCAAGCAAGCAGAAAUAUGAUGCAUUCCUUUUGCUUGGGAAGUCAGGUGUUGUUUAUGCAUAUGAUGAUAGUUUAGUAGAAAGGUACCUGUUGCAAUGCCAGACCAAGUCCCCACCUUCACUCCCAAAGGAAAUAUCGGUGAAGUUGCCAUUUGUUGAUUCUAGCAUCACCAUUGCAAAACUCAUAACAGAUAACCCAUAUAUGUUAUGGUCAGGGAAUCAGGAUUAUAAUUCCCUGACUAAAGAUAUAUUUCCUCUUUUUCCAUUUGAGAGGAAGCAAAAAGAUGGAACUAUUUCUAACUCAGGCAGUUCUGCCGAGUUUUCAAAGGCUAAGAACUUGUACAUAACAGGGCAUAGUAAUGGAGCCAUAAAUUUUUGGGAUGUCUCAUGCCCACUCUUGCUUCCAAUUGUAUCACUCACUCAACAGCAAGGCCUAAUGCAAUAUGAUAUCACCAUGCAGAGUGAAGACAACUUUUCAUUAAGUGGUGUGCCAGUGACAGCAUUGUGCCUUGUCUUUGACUUACAUAUCCUUAUUUCCGGUGAUCAAAAUGGAAUGAUUCGUAUUUAUAAAUUUAAAACCGAGGCAUUUGCCCCAGACAACAGUUUUUUGUCAUUCCAAGGUUCAAAGAAAGGAAGCAAUCAAAUUAUCCGAAGUCUUAAGCUUCUGAAGGUUAAUGGAGCUGUACUUUCUAUUACUAUGAACCCAAAUUCAAAGAGUUUUUCUGUUGGGUCUGAUCAAGGAUACGUCUCACUAAUUGAUAUUGAGAGCCUCAGCGUAUUGUAUGAAAGGCACAUAGCAACUGAACUCUGCACAGGUAUCAUCUCUUCACAGUUUGAGACAUGCAGCCUCCAUGGUUUUGAGAAGAAUGUUCUAGUGCUGGCUACAAGAGAUUCAUCAGUGUUGGCACUUGAGGGUGAGACAGGGAACAUAUUAAGCCCUAGUAUGGUUCAUCCUAAGAAGCCCUCCAGAGCUCUAUUUAUGCAGAUUAUUGGUGUACAGGAAAAUUCCAAUAGAGGAUCUAGCAUUUCAGAUUGCAUGAACACAGAUAAGGGGAAUUCUGAUGCCUCAAGGCUACCACUUGUAUUACUCUGUUCUGAAAAAGCUGUUUAUGUGUAUUCCUUGGUGCAUGUAGUUCAGGGAGUUAAAAAAGUACACUACAAAAAGAAGUUUCAUUCCUCUUCUUGCUGCUGGGCUUCCACUUUUGAUGGUCCUCAGGCUGGUGUCACUCUUCUCUUUUCAAAUGGAAAAGUUGAAAUAAGAUCCCUUCCAGAGCUAUCCCUUCUAAAAGAAACAUCAGUAAGAGGGCUUACGGUUUCAACUCCAAAAGCAAACUCAAUUUCUGACACCUCCAUAUGCUCUUCGCAUAGUGGUGAACUCAUAGUGGUGGACAGGGAUCAAGAAAUGUUUUUCAUCUCAGUUUCAGUCCUAAAGGAUUCCUACAGGUUUCUGGACCUUGCAUCCCAAGUUUACGAUAGAGAGAUAUUGGUUGAACAAGGACCUAUUUCAGCACCCAUCAUCCAUAAAGAAAAGAAAAAGGGUAUAUUUGGGUCUGUCAUCAAAGGAAACAAAGCAAAGAAUCCACCUGAACAAGCAGCUGAAGAUCCGCAAGAAAGUAUUGAAGAAUUGUCAGCAAUCUUUUCAGUUCCCAAUUUUCCUUUAGAUGCAGAGAAUGAUGAGAAGUUAAGCAUGGAUGAAGAUGACAUCUUGGAUAUAGAUGACAUUGACAUUGAAGAUCCUGUAGUGAAACCUAAAGGAAAUCCAAUGGUUGCAGCACUAAACAAACAGAACCUUACAAAUUCAUUUGAAGCAAUCAGAGGGAAACUUAAGAGCUUGAAGGUCAAAAAUGACAAAGUUCAAGUUACUGAAUCACCACAGGAUGAGAAGGCUGGUGCUGUUGACCAAAUAAAGAAAAAAUAUGGAUACACUUCAAGUGAAACAAGUGCUGCAGAAGCAGCAAAAUCAAAGCUCAGUGAAAAUUUGAGAAAAUUGCAGGGCAUCAACCUUAGAACAGCUGAGAUGCAGGAUACUGCCAGAUCAUUUUCUGCCAUGGCUAAAGAGGUGCUAAAAUUUGCUGGGAAUGAGAAAGGAAAUGAUAAAGCAAGUUCCUGAUCCUCCACACACUGUCCCUUAUAGUCCAAUUAGUACUUGGUUGUGUUUCUUUUCUGCCUCUUAAUUUAUUCAAUAUUUGCAGAAUGCAAAGCAGUAUGUUAUGAAUGUGUUCUGUUCUGCAAAAUGGUCAUUAUUAGUGUGCAGAGUGAGCUUCUUGUUUUUUCUUUGGUAAAAGCAGUGUACAGAACCACAUAUGUACAUGCAUAUGUAUUAUGUAAAUUGAAUCUUCCUAAAAUUACAUAUCCUGAUCUUUGCUUUACAGAAAAGCAUUUCCAAA